AUGAAGAGGGGCAGUGACAUCAAACCGGCUUUAUGCGCCUUAUGUCGGGUUUUGUCGUUUUGCGGUUCUGAGUUCGAUGCCGAGACUUUACGAAAAGCAAAAUUUAACCGUCCAGAAGCAGCUUCUGGGGUCUGGAAACUAUUGUACUGCUUAUUAAAACAAAUCUACUCAGGAAAUGACCUUUCAUCAAUUUCAAGGGAUGAAAAAGGGAUAAAAGGUUUUGCAGUCCAUGGGCAGAGAGCUCUGGCCGCCUGCGCAGUCUGCUGGCCCUGCGAUCUAGCUGGCGACGUCACAGUCGACCAGAAUCCGGAGAUGCACGGGGAGAGCUGGCAUGAAAUUAGAUACGUUAAAAGUAUACUACAGAUCCAAGGCUAUGGCAGACCUGCUUUUUAUGAACUCCCUGAUGAUGGCUCAGAGGGCAGCAGGGAAACUUUACUAGCCUUCUCAUGGCUUUUAUACACAGGAAGGAUACUUGAAAGAAUUUUAGAGAAGAAAAGAGUUCAACUUGGAGAUUAUCUAACAUUUAGUAUGGUCUAUUAUAUGCUCUCUGCCAAGGUUCACAAUUUCAUUAAAAAUAUGGAUAAUGCAGCCGGAAUCUCAUCUGCAAGUGGCAACCCCAAACAGCAGAUUUUGGAGUUCCUCCCAGUUCUCACCAAGGCGGGACUAGCUGCGUUGCAGCCAGCAAAGAUUCAGAUAACAUUGUUGGGGUCCAGCCUGGCUGCCCAAGUGACAGCUGGCUCUGCCUCUCUAGAGCCAAAACCAGCCAUGCACGCCACCUCCCCUUGCCCUCAAAACAUGAACUUCACAGCAGUAAAGGAUCUUAGAAAAUCAACUAAACAAGACGUAGAUGUUCGAUACCUCCAAUGGUUAAAUGGCAGACUUCAACUUUGUUGGCGAAAGUUGCACACUGUUCAUCUAGAAAAAUGCAGUAUGUUAUAUAAGAUUCAUUCAUAUACUCAAGGGCGCCAGAUUGGCCAGAGUGCUCACCAUUUGUCUGCCAUGGAAAUUGAGCUUGUCCGUCAUCCUGAAAUCUGCAAUAUGUUAAAAUUACUGCAGUAUUUGGAAUCCGAGAACUCUUACCUAGAAGCGUACUUGGAAUGGAGACAUCUAGAAGCAGUGUACUGGCAAUGGAUGGUAACGAUUUUGAUUUUUUCUUUGCCUGAACAGGCUUACAGGAGCGAAACAGUCUUUCAGUCUGCUGCAGAAGAUGAGUGCAUUACCUUAGCUCAAAAUGAGAUCAAAUUAUACACAUCCUUUCCAAGGGAGGUUAAGCCUCAGAGCAAUCUUGUUAAUAUAAAGGCAUUGCAUAAGUCAUUCUCUGAUGUGCAUGAUCAGUUCCACGAUCUAGUUAAACAACGGAAGCAUUCAUGGCAUGAUCAGAUAAAAGAAUUGGAAAGAUAUGUCAAGGGAAAGGAAAGUUCUUUAUUAAUCAAGCAAAUAAAACAAGAAGUCGGAAAGAAAACCGAGCAUCUUAAACAUCAGCAUGAAGAAGUCAGCAAUGCAAAUGGCUUAUUAAAACUUGUCUUUAAAGAGAGCAAGUUUAAAGAUGAAAUACAUGAAGACUUUAAUAUGAAAAACGUUCGCGCCACGAACUUGAUUACAAUGCUCCAGACAGCUGCUACUAAAUUAGAGGCAGAAUUUCAAAAUCUCCAGGAUAAAAGCAGAGAAAAGUUUGACGUAAUGACUGGAGAACUUGAAGGGAUUGUUUGCAUCCCUCCUGCAAAGUGCUGAUUUCUAUUGACAAUGUAGAAGAA